UGCUAAGAGAACGGUGCUGUGAGUCGGGAUAGACAGGCAGAGAGAGAGAGCUGCAGCUGAAUAGAAAAAGGGCACCGCGCUGCAAGCUGCAUGGUAGGAAAGCUCCGCGUCAACGUUGGUUCCUCCGUAUUUAUUCUACCGUUCAGGAAUCCACAGCUCCGGGGGGAAAACGAGCGUGUCCCCCUCCGUCUGGGAUCCACAGCUCCGGGGAAACCGAGCGUGUCCCCCUCCGUCUGGGAUCCACAGCUCCGGGGAAAAACGAGCCUGUCCCCCUCCGUCUGGGAUCCACAGCUCCGGGGGAAACGAGCCUGUCCCCCUCCGUCUGGGAUCCACAGCUCCGGGGGAAACGAGCCUGUCCCCCUCCGUCUGGGAUCCACAGCUCCGGGGGGAAACGAGCCUGUCCCCCUCCGUCUGGGUCGGAACAUGAUGAAGUUUAGGUUCCGACGGCAGGGCAACGACCCACAGAGAGAGAAACUCAAACAGGAAUUGUUCGCCUUCAACAAGACAGUGGAACAUGGGUUCCCCCACCAGCCCAGUGCUUUGACCUUCGACCCCCAGCUGCAGCUCAUGGCCAUCGGGACCAAGUCUGGAGCCAUCAAGAUGUAUCCUUUACCCCGCAUACAUCCUCCUCUAUUCCUCCUGGGGGCUGCGUCCCCAUACUCUAACCCAGAUUCCCCUGGGGCUGCGUCCCCAUACUCUAAUCCAGAUUCCUCCUGGGUAAUCCAGAAUCCUCCUGGGGCUGCGUCCCCAUACUCUAACCCAGAUUCCUCCUGG